AUGCCUUUGGAUGCUAUGGUCGGUCAGAGUCAAAAACAUAGCCCCAAAGUGUUGGACCUAGCCAGUAUCAACGAAAUUCCCAAUAUGCCCGCUCCAGCCAAGGAGAACAAGAAGCAGAGUGAAACCGUUGUCCAAGCCCAUGGAAAUCACCCUCCUCCGAAGACAGACAAGCCUCGGCCGCAUGGCUGUACCACUUGCGGUCGCUCCUUCGCACGACUGGAACACUUGAAGCGCCAUGAGCGUUCGCAUACCAAGGAAAAGCCAUUCGAGUGUCCCGACUGUUCUCGAUGCUUUGCUCGCCGCGACUUGUUGCUGCGACAUCAGCAGAAGUUGCAUAUGACAACCACUCCAUCCUCUCGCCCGAGAAAUGCUCGUCGGGAAAGCACUGGUACAGCCACGAGUGCUGCGGCCAAUCGGGUUCGCAAAAACUCCAUCGCCAACAACUCAUCGGUCCGCCCUCGAGCUAAUACCAUUAGUCACGUCGAUGGUAACGCCCUGGGUAUCGCUAGUGCGGGCAUUGCUAAUACGGGCAUUGCCUCCUCGACACCCAAACAACACCAACACCAACACCAACAACAACAACAACAACAACAACAACAGCAUCCCUACCAUCACCCGAGCCUGAGCUCAUCGGUCGGUUCGUCUAUGGAUUAUCGGUUCGGCUCGGGUCACCAGGCAGUGAAUGGCUUGUCUAAGAUUGAGACUUCUGGACUCCCCAUGAACAUGUCUGGUGGACUGCGAACGGCUCCCGUCUACGGUAGUUUUGACAUGGGUAUCGAUGGUAUGCUCAUGGGACAUGGAAGCACAAUCAACCCCGCGCAGUUACACUUUGCAGGUUCCCCCCAAGGUUUUGGUGACUCCCCCUCCUCCCCCUUUGGCCACCACCAUCAUGGUUUGCCCCCUUCGAACGACCCUAUGAUGGAUGACGAGAUGAACUUUGACUGGAUGAACGGAUUUGACACAGCGGUGGCUUUGGGCAACGGCAAUGACUCAGUUGUGGACGAGUCGUCGCCCUCGGCGAUGAGCACGGGUAGCCAGAGUGGUAUCAGCGAGGCCAUGAUAGAUGGUCCCAACCGUAUCCCCAUUUCCAAUGGCUGGCACAACCCAUUUCCCGUUCAUACUUCGGCUUCAGCUAAUCAGUUCGCCAUCGACUUCUCCCCGACGACACUCAAUGAAUUUGGUAUUCCGCCGGAAACUGUAUCGCCCAAAUCACUGAUGAAUCAGAACCCAUUCGUGGAGACUUACGCCACACCCCCAUCCAUGACCUCGGUGGGCCAACCCAUCUUGGGUCAUUCGCAGAGUAUGUUUUCAUCCUCUAUGGCAACCAGCGGAGAAUCUCCUAAUCUUCUCAACGUUCCUUUCCCGAAUAGUGCCCUACGAAAUCAACAUUCCUCAAUCUCAACGGAUUCAUUUACAGACUCCACACGACAGGCUCUAUUAACGAGCAUGUCGCAACCCACUGGCUUCAAUCACCGCAAAUAUUCUCAACCCGCAAGUGGCCUCCUAAGCAGUCGUGAGCUGUUCGCCCGCUCCACUGGCUUCAAAAAUUUUGGUUCAUUACCUAGUACUCCCGACAUCCAACGUUACAUCUCCGCCUACCUUUCCUACUUUCAUCCGCACAUGCCGUUUCUCCACGUCCCGACUCUCAAUUUUCAGGCCCCCGAGUAUACGAAUAAUCUGCGCAUGCCCAGCGGGCAUCUCAACCUCAGCUCUACCGGCGUUUCCGGAGGAGGAGGCUGUCUGAUUCUAUCUAUUGCUGCAAUCGGUGCUCUCUAUGAACACGAGGUUGCCGCGUCCAAGGAUUUGUUCGAAGCAGCCAAGAAGAUGAUUCAACUCUAUCUUGAAGAGCGUCGAAAGGCCGACAUGUCUGCAGCUCUAAAGCGUUCCAAUAACUCCCACGACAAUUCUGUUCAAAAUACUCCACUCUGGUUGGUACAGGCGAUGUUGCUGAAUGUGAUAUAUGGCCAUGCCUGUGCCGAUAAAACAUCUGCAGAUAUCGCCAGUACCCACUGUGCCGCUUUGGUGAGCCUCGCACGUGCAGCUGAACUAACCCACCACUUGGACCCCAAAAGCUUGCCCCAAGAUCAUCUUACCCCCGGAAUUAAUGGCUUGAAUGAUUCCGAUAAUUGGAUGUCGUCGUCAUAUAGUCAGCCCCAAGACCGACGUGAAUGGCUCAAUUGGAAGAUCGUGGAAGAACGGAAACGUACACUCUUUGCCAUCUUUGCGCUUUCUAGUUUCAUUGUGUCGGCCUAUAACCAUGCGCCAGCUCUGACAAACUCUGAGAUUCGGCUUGACUUGCCUUGUGAAGAGAAUUUGUGGGCGGCUGAUUCCCCUCAUGUAUGGAAGCAGAUAGGGGGAUUGACGGCCUCGAAAAAGAGCGUCUCAUUCUCGUCUGCCUUGACUUCUCUUUUGACGGCAAGCCAGCGAGAGCAGAAUCAAUCUUCGAACUUAUUCUACAAUGGCAAUAAAGAUGAGCCAUCCAAUGCGAGCCAGCCAAGUACUUUUGGUUGUCUUGUUCUGAUCUACUCGCUGCACAAUUACAUUUGGGAAACCCGACAAAGGCACAUGGGGCGACAGUGGACUACUCAAGAAACCGAAGCCAUGCAAUCACACAUCGAACCGGCAUUGAGAGCCUGGCAAACUGCGUGGGCUAGCAACCCAGUCCACAGUCUCGAGCGACCGAAUCCAUUUGGCGCUGGGCCACUGUCUGCCGACAGCAUUCCGUUGCUGGAUCUGGCUUACGUUCGAUUAUUCGUCAAUCUCGGUCGAUGUAAGGAAGCCUUUUGGCAGCGCGAUUGGAACGGAAUGGCUGACGAGCUCGCGCGGGGUAUGGAGGUCUUUCAACAUGCUGCUGAUACAGCAAUGAUGAACGACUUGGUUGACCCCACUCUGACCGGUGCACUGAACAACCGCCGAGAAUCGAUCAACGACCUCGGUGUUGGUGACCUUGCCAUCUCAAAGACUCCGACGCAAGAGGAGCCGAUGCAAAAACUGUCCGGCACGUACAAAGCUGGCCAAUCUAAGCGAGAGAAGCAUCUGCGCAAAGCAGCAUUCUACGCUGCUGAUUCUAUUUCCAUGUCCGAUCGUCUGGGCAACACUUAUGCCGAGUUUUCCUCGCGGGAACUUCCCAUUCAGUGUGCCCUGUGUACUUUUGACUGUGCCCAAGUGUUGGCAGAGUGGAUCACAAUUGUUCAGGAACGAGUUGGGCCAUAUCUCGGCAUCUUGGGUCGUGACUAUACCGAUCUGACCCAGGUGCCGGGAGUAAUGCUGCUCGAAGAAGAGGAAUGCAAGCUCGUGGAGAAGAUUAAGGAUAUCCUACAAAAUAUUGAAACAAAGAUGCAGCAUAGGAUGCAAAAGAACAACUCGAUGUCGGCUCUUAGUACGAUGCAACGACUGCCUAGUGCGGUGGAAGGAGGAUACGGGUGUAAAAUAUUGAUUGCUACAGCAAGCCUUUUGGAUCAGGCAGCUGUAUGGCCAGUGACAAAACUGAUGGCGCGCUCCCUUGAGGCACAAGCGAUUCGAAUGAAGGAGCGGGCUGAACAUUCCGUGAUGAUGACCACUUAA